AUGUCAGGUACAAGAGAAACAGUAUACCGUGUCUAUUGUCUGUGGAAUUCAGCUUGUGGUGUUAUUAAGGGUUCUUCUUCCAUUGCUUCCCAAUCGUUGAAAUCUUGGGUUUCAACUUCAACUUUGACUAGACCCACUUUAAUUAGUUUACAAUGUGGUAAUGACUCUAAUUGGGAACAGGCUAAUGCUUUGGCUAAUAGUAUUAGAGAAAAAAGAUCUGCUGCUUCGAAUCGUAAGCAUAAUCCAAAAGAUUUUGUAAAUCAUAAUUCUACUAGACAUUAUUCUACUGCAAGAUCAAUCGAAAAGAAUGCCAAUGAUGUCGAAAAUCAAGAAUCUACUAAUGAAGGAAAACCGGAAAUGCAAAGUUCAAAAGUUCCUUCUUCAAGGUUGUCCAGACUUUACCAUUAUGGUAGUUUGGCGGCAAAUGUGGGGGUUAAUGUCGCAGCUCAGAGUCUGCAAGAAGUAGCAAAGGGGAAAUCGCCAAAUUGGAAAUCAUUGAUCUUAUCAGACUCUAACAUUGAUAAAAUAACCAAAAAAUUUUCAAAAAUGAGAGGUGCUGCUUUGAAAAUUGGACAAAUGAUGUCCUUCCAAGAUGAAAAUGUGUUGCCAAGAGAAUUAUACGAAAUUUUGUCUCGUGUUCAAAAUAGUGCAAACUACAUGCCACAACGUCAAUUAGACAGAGUUUUAUCUCGUGAAUUGGGUAGCGAAUGGAGAUCGAAAUUUAAACGUUUUGAAAAUAUUCCAAUUGCUGCAGCUAGUAUUGGUCAAGUUCAUGAAGCAGAACUAUUAAAUGGCGAAAAAGUGGUAGUUAAAGUCCAAUACCCUGGUGUUAAGGAAUCCAUCGAUUCUGAUUUAAGUAAUAUGUUGAUGUUAUUAACUGCUUCAAGUUUAUUACCAAAGGGUCUAUUUUUGGAUAAGACUAUUGAAAAUGCUAGAAGAGAAUUGAAAUGGGAAUGUGAUUACAUCAGAGAGGCAAAUGCAAUGAAAAAAUUUGGAGAAUUGAUCAAAGAUGAUCCCGUGUUUGAAGUCCCAAAAGUUUAUGAUGAAUUAACCACUGAAAGUGUAUUAACCAUGCAAAGAAUGGAAGGAACUGAAAUAAUGAAAUUACCAAGUACUAUUAACCAGGAACUAAGAAAUUUCUUGGGUGAUAAUGUUAUGCGUUUAUGUUUACAAGAAAUUGCAACCUUUAAAUUUAUGCAAACUGAUCCAAAUUGGGCUAAUUUCCUAUAUAAUGAUAAAACUAAAAAAAUUGAAUUAUUAGAUUUUGGUGCUGCUAGACCUUACUCAGAAAAAUUCAUUACAAAUUAUAGAAAACUAUUAACAUAUGCUUCUAAAUCGGAUUACAAUGGGGUUUAUGAGAUCUCUAAGGAAUUGGGUUUCUUGAAUGGUUUGGAAUCUAAAAUGAUGGCUGACGCUCAUGUAGAAAGUAUCACUACAUUAUGUGAAGUUUUUAGAGGGGAACCUAAUGUAAUUUAUUCCUUUAAAGAUCAAACUGUCUCUGAUAGAAUUCGAGAAAAAAUUGGAUUGAUGUUAAAUGAAAGGCUAUGCCCUCCUCCAGAUGAAGUUUACUCUCUUCACAGAAAAUUCAGUGGUGUGUUUUUACUUUGUACAAGACUAAAUGCUGAUGUUCACUGUGCCAAAUAUUUCCAGGAAAUCUUUGCUUAUAAAUAA